GGCCACACACACACACACACACACACACACACACCGACACAGGACCGGGCAGGUGUCCGUCCGAGCACCAACCGUCCGUGAGAGUGUGUUUGUUUUAUUUACCGGCGUUGUCAUGACAGACGUCGUGUGGAGUUCUCGGCUUUGCAGCAGGACACCGCCCCCCCCCCAGAACAACAACAUUUGCUCUCUUUGAUUUGCGCCGCUGUCCUGCAGCCAGGGGGGGUCUGUCCGCUCCCUUCGAGGGCGUCGACCUCUUAUUGUGUGUUUGCAUCCUUUGCUGCCAUUUUCUGAUCGGAAACAAACUGCAGCAGCUGCAGGGACGUCCCAAGGAAGCCCCCCCCCCUCUGCCUCCGCCCCCCCUGCUGGUGUUUAUUAGGAGCACCAGUCGAGUCCGAGACAGACGAAAGCAAACAUGUUCGAGGCCCGAGCAGUCCCGUUUGUCCUGCUGGACGUCGCAUGUCUGAUUCUAGGGGGUCUGCCUCUGGCGGCCUUUAACCUGGGUAAGAUCCGCCCCUACCAGAGGGGCUUUUUCUGUAACGACGAAAGCAUCAAGUACCCUUUCCACGCCAGCACCGUCACCUCCACGGUGCUCUACACGGUGGGCUUCGCUCUGCCCAUUAGCUGCAUGAUCUUUGGCGAGUGCCUCUUAGUUUAUCUGAAGCGCAUCACAUCCAAGUCGACCUUCGGCAGCUACAUUUCCUGUGUUUACAAAGCCGUCGGCACCUUCCUGUUCGGCGCCGCGAUGAGCCAGUCGCUGACCGACAUCGCCAAGUACUCCAUCGGCCGGCUCAGGCCGCACUUCCUGGACGUGUGCAAACCUGAUCGGAGGUUGAACUGCUCGUCGGGAGCUUAUAUUGAAGACUUCACCUGCAGUGGAGACGCCAGCAUGGUCAACGAGGGCCGGCUGUCCUUCUACUCCGGCCACUCCUCUUUCUCCAUGUACUGCAUGCUGUUCCUGGCUCUCUACCUGCAGGCUCGAUUCAAGGCUGAAUGGGCGCGGCUGCUGAGACCCACAAUACAGUUCUUCCUGAUCGCCGCCUCGGUGUACACAGGGCUGUCGAGGGUGUCGGAUUAUAAACACCACUGGAGCGACGUGCUGAUGGGACUCCUGCAGGGCGCCCUCAUGGCGCUCCUCGUGGUCUUCUGCGUGUCUGACUUUUUCAAGCCACAGGUGGUCGCCCGUAAAGAGAUGGACAUCCCUCACACGACCCUGCAGGAUAACCCGACCAAUGGAAACCACUUUGAGAGUCCCAACUGAGCUGAGAACUCUCUGCUCGGUCCAGACGCACGCCGGCUCUGCAGCCUUUCAUCUCACGCCUUCAGAAGACGCCUCAGGCCUGUUCAGAUUGUUCAGACGUCAUCAUUUUAUGCUGUCCUGUGCUGCUCGAGACAAAGCGUGUAGCAUGUAUAUCUACCGAGCAGGUGGGAGGACUGCACGCGCCCACUAAAGGGUCUGACCACUGCUGGGGGAGGAAACCUGUGAAUGUAACCUUUGCUUUGCGCUUGCUCGGACCUGGAGUCCGUCUGAUUUAGGGUCAGCUUUGAGGUCGACUCCAGCACCCCCCGGGGAGACGGCCGAGUGUGGAGCAGCGGACUCCAGGCCGCGGCCGUCUGUCUCUCCAGCUCUGUAACCAAACACGACACGAGUCGAGCGCCAUCUGGUCAGAGAGCUGAAGAGCGGGCGGUUUAAGUCCAGCGUUGCCUUUGCUGUAUCCAUGUACAACUAAUAUAAACAGACGAUGUGCUUUUGUGUAAUCUGUAUGUAAAAGAAACAAAUCACCAUACAGACUUUUAUUGAAAACAAAGAUACAAAUAUGUACAAAGGAAAAAUAAAGCCAUUUUACUUAUUAUAUGAA